AUGUCCGUACUUGCGUAUCAGGAAAUCGCCCGGCGUAUCGAAGAGCUGACUCGAGCUAUCUACGAGCUGGACCCGUACUUCGUGAUGGCGGCCCCGGGCGGCGCGGCGGCGGACGAGCGCGUGGCAACUCUGAGCAUGCUCGUGUCGAGCGGCACCAGCGCCCGCGCCGCCCGCCGCGCGCGCUCGCCGCAGCGCCGGCGCGCCGCCAGCCCCGCCUGGCUGCUGGCCGGCACCACCUACGCCGAGAUAGUCAGAGGCUGCGGCUCGCGAUCCAGCUCGAUCGGAUCUAGACAACCCAGCGCUCAGAGGCAACCCAGCGCACAGAGACCGGACAGCGCUCAGAGGGACCCCAGUGCACAGACGCAACUCAGCGCCCAGGCGCAACCCAGUGCCCAGAGGCAACCGAGCGCCCAGAGACAACCUAGCUCCCAAAGGCCACCGAGUGCCCAGAGGCAGCCGAGCUCCCAGAUAGCGACCCCAGAACCCGAACCGAAACAAAAAAUUGAUUGGAACUUGCUUAUGGAUGUGGACACUCGCCCGAGUGAUGACUUUAGUGUUACCGUGCAGUGUGACCCACCGGACGACGAGCCCGGUGGAUAUAGUGAGACUCGCGUGUGCGACCUCAGUGAAAGUGAACCGUGUGUGUGGGACAACAAGAAAAUGUAUGCGUCUUCUGUUGUCCCCGUGGAUUGCCAUGAAGUGCCCGGAUAUGACGUAGGGAAGCCUGGUAUUGAAGUGUUUAAUGAGCCAUUUGUAAACUUGGACGUGCAAACAGUUCAAGACGUAGGGGACUCACCGUCACGAACUGUUGUCGAAUUAAGUCCACCGGAAAGGGAUCAGAGGUCUGCUAGCCCUGCGACGAAAUAUCGGUCACAAGAUUUAUCGUACGCAGAGAUACUGGCAUUGGGCUUGCGAAAACAAUCUAAAAGCCACAGUGUCAUGUCAUUGCCAAAGCCACAAGUUGCACAAGUGGAGUUAGUCAAAGAAAUCAUUGUAGAAUGCGUUGAAAAGACUCCGGUUCAAAAUCCAGAGCCAAGAAUUGAGCGUUUAGAUUCAUCAUCUAGAAUAAAACCAGAACGGCCGGAUAAACCGUUCCAACGCAGUCGCUCUAGAGACAUGCCCCGACAGCGCCGUGCGCCUGAAAAGCGACCAACCAAGGCACAUGACGUGCAAACCUUGAAGAAAAAGAAAACCUCAAAAAAGGUUAUAGAAGUUCAAGACUUUGAAGAUGCUCCUGAAUUCGAGCAAUCUAUUGAAAUAACACCUACUUCAAUUCCGGCUAAAAUACAUGAAAAAGAAAGCGUUGAAUCUUUUAGUAAAGAAGUUACGAAAAAAAUUCAACAUAGCGCUACUGUAGUUGAAACAAUUACAGAAAUAGUAACAGUUGAUGAUUUGAAAUCAGAAGCUUUGGAAGCGGACUCUGAACGCAAAAAGUCUAAGAAAAAGAGUAAAUCUAAGAAAAAUAAGCCAGCUGAAGAUGAAAUUCUAAAAGCGCUUAAAGAAAUUGAAGAAAUCGAUAAGACCAAGAAGAAAAGAGGCAAAGAAGCUAUUGAAGUUCCGCCUACUAACAUAAAUGUUAAAGACGAUAAAUCACUUGCGUCCAAAGCAGAUACAACUCAAAAAGAUGUUCAGAAAAAGAAGAAAAAAGGGCCUAAACAAGCGACUGACAGCAAGCUAAACAUAUUGUCCACUGAACCCAUAUCUGUCAUCGAAGAGCAAUCAAAAGAACAUCUCAAAGAUGACAAAUACGAAACUAGCGCUGAUAAAACAGUAGAAACAGAAGGAGAACAAUUAAUUUCUGUUUUGUCGCACGAAGUUGUGAAGAAUAUUUGUGAUAAUAUCGAGUCAACAGCUGAUACUAUCAUUACACAACAAGAAGACCAUGUAGGUCAAGAAGAUAAUGUGCUUGGAGAAGAAAACAAAACUGCCUCUUUACCAAAAGAUAAAUUGCACGACAUUAUCGAUGUUGAGAAGGAUAAAUCUUCAUCACUAAAGAAAAAGAAAAAUAAAGACAAACAAAAACAUUCAGGUUCAACUAAAUCAGAACCAGAAGACACAAUAAAAAUUGUAAGUCACAAUUUAACUGAAUCUGAAAACACAUUGCCACAAACUGAAGAAAAACUAAAGAAAAAGAAAAAAGUCAAGAAAUCUGACAAAAUUCCAGAACAAGUUUUAUUCGAAACAACAGAUACGGUUGACAUUCCUUUGGUGGAAGACAUUAAAACGAUUGAACCAAUAGUGCUUGAAAUACCUACCGUUGUUGAACAAGUGGAAGAAUUUACACCUGUGCCAAAGACACAAAAGAAAACAAAAACGCCAGAACGUAUAAUCCCUGGAACAAUGGACUUAAGAAAUAAAGAUUUAGAAGAUUUAGACAAAGAGCAACAUAUUGAUGAAGUUAAAGUACAGAAAAAGAAAAAGACUAAAAAACCCAAAGUUACUGACGAUGAAGUAGAAAGAGCUUUACGUGAAAUAGAACAGUCUGAGACAUCUAAGAAAAAACCGAAAGAUAAGGGGAAGCAUAAAGAUAGCAAGCACAAAAUAGCUAAAGGAGAAUCCACCAUUCAAAAAGAUGUUCAAGUGCCCGAUAAAGCUCAGUCUGAAACACAAAGUAAGGAAGAAGAAUCAACUGUCAGUAAUAUCGUUAGCGAUGCUAUUCCCAAAAAGGUGAUAACUAUGGACUGGAAUGCUUUGAUAGCUGAAGAAGAAGGUAUUUCUGAACCAGUUAUGGAACCUAUUGAACAACACGACACAACAGGUUUAGAAACAACCUAUGAAACGCAACAAAUUGCUACUGAAGUGACGAUACUACAAGAAACCAAUGAGGAUAUGGAUAAAAAUAAAAUCAAAUUGGAUGAUAUUCCAAUUGCUGAGACAAUUGUUGAGGACAGCAAAAAAGAUUUUGCAGAUAUUAAUACCAGCACUAGUUAUCAACGAAGAGAUUCAAAACAACAAGAGAAAAAACAAGAGACUUCAUCUGCAAUAUCUAGUCCUUCAAGUGAACAAAAUAAUAAUGACAAAUUUUUCUCAUCGGAAGAUCAUAAGCGUGGUUCAAUCAAUAUCGUAGAGGAAGUUACUCGAUAUGAACCGAUAACUAAAGACAUUGAAACGCGUACAAUUUACCUAAUUACGCAUGAAGAAAAGAAACUACCACCAAUAAGAACAGUCAAGGUUUUCAGCAGCAAAAGUAAUUCAUUAGAGGAACCUUCUCUUACGGAUGAUACCGUGUCAAACGUUACUGAGGAAAAAACUAGUGACCUAACUACUGAAGAAAAGGUGAAUAUUUCUGAAAAUGUUGAUAUCACAUCAACAAUGGUCAGUGAAGCCUUUAUAUCAUCUGAAAAACAAUUUGAAGAAUUGACUGGAAUAAAUAAGCAGCCAAGUGAUGUCGAACUAUCCAAAGAUGAUUAUGAAAACAUUCGUAUUGAAGAAAAGGAAACAACAGAAAUAAUCAAUACUAAACCAAAUGAACCAGAAAAUGUUCUUGAAUCGCAACAGAGUGAAAACAUUGAAAUUGAAAGAAUCGAAACAAAUAUACCGAUUUCUUCAACUGAUAAUUUAAUUGAUGAAAAAUAUCCGUCAGAAGAGCACUUGAUAGAAGAACCACAGGUAACGAGAAAUGCUCCAGAGGAUCUGCAAGACGUUUUGGAAGAAGCUAUAUUUGGAUCAGUUCAAGAUCGUAAAAAGACGAAUGCAAAAGAAACAUGUGACAUUCCUUACCAGCAACUAAUAGAAGAAGUAAAGACUUAUUCACUUGACUUAGAUAUGAAUAAGUUGGAUUAUAGUUAUCAUGAAUUUAUAACAAAGGAAAAAGAGAACAUAAAACCUAAUCAAACCAUGACUACCGACAAAGAGCCAAAUAAACAGUGUUCACCUGAAGAAAGUGAAAAGGAUAUUCUAAAACCAUCUGUAGCUAUCACUGAUGAGAUCAAGAGCUAUAUUUCUGACCAAAAUGAUAAUAAAAAAACAAGCUAUCACGAAAUACGAGAUGCAGAACUUAUUUAUGGCACCACAAUAAAAGAAAAAAUAAUCAGUCAACCUUCACACCCUGAAGAAGUAGUAUUGGGUGAUAGUGAAAAUGUUACACUGGCACCAGUAGUGAAGGAUACACAGCUCAGUGAAGUUGAAAAAGAGCCUUCACUAGAAAACAUACAGGGUCAAGGAGUUCCAAAGGAAGAAGUGUUGAGAAUCAGUUAUCAUGAAAUAAAGGAUGCUGAAAAGAUUUUAGCUCAAACUGAAACAAGAGAUAAUGAUACGAACAAUAAAACAGAAUUGUCACCGGAAAAACUUCAAACUGUUCUUAUUGAAACUCAAGAAUCUAAAGUUAAAGACGAACAAAUUGAAAGUGUUCCUGAACAAAAAGUAACUCAACCUGAACUUCAAGACACAGAAAAACUUUUACCUGUCGCAGAAUCUUCAGAAGUUUUGCAAAGUGAAAAGAUUACUAAAAAUCUAGAAGAAUCUUUGAAAGAAACUACAGCAGAAGAAAUACUUUUGCAGUCUGUUUCACAAAAAAUAUGUGAAACCGUUACAGAUAGUAACAGAUUUAUACAAAAUGAGAAAAAACAAAUGAUUGAUGAAGUAGAUUUCAGUCAGGGACCUACAGAUGAUGUGCCUUCUGUGACCCACCCAGUAAGUGCACUACCAAUAAAAGAUGAUGAAACUCUUGAUACCAAAAUAAUAACACAUAAAGAGCAUGAUAUAAAAGUCAUUUAUCACGAAACUCCACGGCAAAACUAUCAUGAGAUAGUAGACGCUGAAAAAUUAUUCGCAAACUUAUUAACUGUGCAAAAUAUUAUUCAGACAGAAGUCGCUGAAACGAAGCAAGUCGAAGAUGAUUCUAUUUCUGUACUGGAAAAAGAAGAUGAAAAUUUGGAAUUAGACGUUAGUAAAGGAGAAGUUCCGACUUUAGCACAAGAACAAGUACAAGCGAAUCAGCAAAUAAAUGAAACGUCAAAAACAACAAUUAUCACCAGAACUUCUUCUAAAGAAAACUCACCUGUUAUGCACGACAUCUUACAGGACGAACAAGAAACAAAUGAGAUAAUUACAGAUAAUCAAAUUGAAGCACAUGUGGCAGAUGAAGUCAACGAGUCUCCUGAGACCGUUAAUGUUCAACCCAGGCAAGAAGCAAAUAUCUAUGAAGUGCCUUCAUACAAUUAUAAUGAAUUACGAGAUGCUGAAAUCAUAUUUGCUCGUACGCAGGUUCAACCUGAAAACUUAAACCUUGUGUCUGAGGAAGAACCUGCAAAUGAUACGGCAAUAUUACAGCAAGAAGAAACGGUUAUAGAACAAGAUAAUAAAGUUAUUUCGGAAGAUUUGAUUCAAUAUGAAGAUAAAUCUGAAACGACUGAUGAAUCAAACCUAACGGAACAGAAAGUGUUUGAACCUAUGCGUCACAGUUACAAUGAAAUACAAGAUGCUGAAAAUAAACUGGCGUUACUCUUGACAAAGAAAGUUAAGAGUAUCGACGAACCGUGCAUAUCUCAGGAAAUUACAACGGAAAACUUGGAAGAUGAAACACGGGUGUUAAUGACAGAUGCAACUGUUGAGCAUAACAUUGAUGAAGUUUCUUCUGACAGUAUCAUCUCACAAACUAGUGAUUGUGAGAAACCGACUUUAGAAGAAACCAUCUCAACUGACAAAAUCGAUAAAUAUGAUGCACCUGCUGCUCUCUCUUUAGAGACUCCGUCUUUGCCUAGUAUUGAAAAUUCAUUUGAAGUUGAUGACCUUGAUAAUACUCCCAUACCCGUGGUGUAUGGCACCUCUGAAGACAAAAACGAAGAAUUAGUCACGGAUGUUCCUAUUACGCCCAUUUCACCAGUAGAAAUGGAAGAUAUACAAUCAUUGGAAGAAGAGAUAAGUAUUCUAGAUGAAGUAACAGAAAAACCAGAGUUACUGGAAAACGUUGAAGAACGACUGACGCCCACUUUACAAGAAGAAUCCAAGAUAGUACAACAAUCAGAGGAGAAGCUAAACAUUUUGGAUAGAGAAGAUACGCAAGUAACUGAACAACCUAUACCACCAGAAAAUAUUGAAGAGCAACUGUUAACAGUUUCACAAAUACAAUCAGAGUCAAUAGAACAAACGAAAGACGAAAUAUUGACUCCAAACAAAGAAGUUACGGAAGUAACGGAAAGAUCACAAACACCAGAAAUCAUUGAAAAACAGCUGACACCUCUAACACAAAUAGAAACGGAGGUAAUAAAGUUGUUAGAAAAAGAGAUAAAUGUCCCAGACAAAGAAGUGAUAGAAAAAGCACAAACACCAGAAGACAUUGUAAAACAAUCUAUGCCCGAGUCACAAGUAGAAUCCGAGGUUAUAAUACCAUCGGGAGAAGAAAUAAAUAUUGCGGACACUAAAGCUACGCAAUUAACGGAAACACCAAAAACACCCGACAAUAUUGUAGAACAAUUAAUUAUUGAGCCCGCAGUCAUAACUGACAGUAGGGUUGAAAACCUUCCCUUAACAGUUUCUCAUAAAGAUAUAAACAUAACAGAACAAAAUGUACAAGAAAUAUCCACUCAAGAAUUCAUAAGCACAGAACAAGAAACUUUAACUCGAGAGUCGCAAGAAGGAAUCAUGGUUGUCUUCGACGAGCAAUCUCCAAAGCCUAAUACUAUCUCGGCGGAAUUCAUUCAUAGCGAAUUAUUACACAAAACUGAUAAUCAAUCUAUUCCAAUGACUGCCAUGCCCAAGCCUGAUACCGCAAUAAUUAAUAAGACAAUUGAGGUUCAAUGUACGGACACGCCUAUUGAGCCUUCUGAAACUAUAAACGAGUUUACUGACAUUGUAGAUACUAAUAUCUCUCUAACAGAUAAUUCACGCCCUGAAAAAUCUCCUAUACAUAGUUUGCAUGAUCUUCUCCCUGAGAUUGAUUCCAUUCCUGAAUUUAAACCAUCUUAUUCAAACACUAUACUGUAUUCAAAAUUAUCGGCUGAUGCACCAGAAUUUACACCAUCUUAUAUGUACCAAAAACCUGUAACGAGUCCUGUGUCUCAAACGAUAGCACCUGAAACACAAGUUGAAGAUGUGACUACUGUUGAGAAAACGGAAAAUAAAGAAAUAAUUGAAAUCUUGUCUACAACACCUCAGACAUCGUAUUCUUCUGUCUUACAAACCAAGAAGGAAAAGACAUCGCCUGAAACUGUUGUCAAGUCAGAAGAAAUUGUACACCAUGAACCAACUUCAGAUGUGGUAGUCAAAGAGACUAUUCCUGAAAAAAGCAAACGCAACAAAAAGAAGAAAAAGAAAGACGACAAGAAGGAUAUUCCUGUAAUUCCUGAUCAACAAUCAGCUCCAGUACCGCUUGAAUCGAGUUCAUUAACAACAGAACCUGUUAAUGUUUGGUUAAAAGCUGCAGAAGAUGGAAAGUCUUAUGCUGAAGUUGUUGCAGAAGGAUUGGUUGUUGAAGAAAGAGAAACGAUUCAACAAACUAUAGAAAAGUCAUACCCACCUGUAGUUGAACCAGAAUUUGAGGAGCAAAUAGAAGAAAUAGUGAAAGAAGUAGAUAUAUCACUUCCAGAAGAGGAUCACGGUAUAGGCUCUUGGGCCAAGAUAGUUGCGGCAAGCCGACCUACUCCAGAGCGAAUACAAACAGAGGUUUUCAAACACCCCGACACUCAAUCAGUAAUACGACCACCUGUUAUAAUGGUUGACGAGUCAAAUCCAGAACCACAUAGACCAGAAAUUGAAGUAGAUGCUGAUGGUUUCAUAACUGUGGAACAUAGGCAUAGGCGGUCUCGAUCUAGAUCUAGAGAUAACAGAUCCCAGUCAACAUCCAAAACGCCGCAUGUGACUGAAACUCGUGAUAAAUCAGAGAAUAGAUUUGACGCUCUUACAAGCACCCUAAAACCUGAUGAUUUGGAACCCAGUCAAGGUACCUCAACAGAAGUUGAGAAACAACAACCAAAGAAAGAGAAAGGAAGAAAAAGUCGAGCAUCGAAGUCAAAAGAAAAAGAAGUUAAGCCUAAAGUGCCAGAAAUAGUUCCAGAUAUACCAGAUGAAGAUAAACAACCACAGAAAAAAGACAAAAAGAAACGGUCAUCUAAAUCUACAGAGAAAAAUAAAAAACCAGAAGAAAAAGAUACCAAAAUCAUCAACGAUGACGACAAAGUGAAGCAAAUUGACGUGGUACAAGAACCUCAAGUAUCGGAAGAGAAAAAGAAGAAGAAAAAGAAGGACAAAAAAUUUGUCACAAGUACUGAAAAACCCGCAGACACAGCGUCUCCGGACAUUUUGUCCUCCACUUUGCCAACAAAAGAAGAGAUUGAACUUAAAUCAAAACCAGAAAUUGAAAUAAAACAAGAAAUUGAAACAAAUCCAGAAAUUGAAACAAAACAAGAAAUUGAAACAAAACCAGAAAUUGAAACAAACCCAGAAAUUGAAACAAAGCCAGAAAUUGCCACAAAACUAGAAAUUGCAAGCAAACCAGAAACUGCAACAAAACCAGAAAUUGCAACAAAACCAGAAGUUGAAAGAAAAACAGAAAGUAAAAUAUUAUUCAAGUCUCUUGAAUCACCUGUUUCCACUCCUGAAUCAAUGCAUACACCUAUUAAAGACAGACUAUUCUCAGAAGCGCAGUUCUGGAAGGAUGAUGUAAGUAACUUGGACGAUCUAUCAAGUCUUUCAAAGGUUCUUCCUGUUGAUGAACAGCAGUUAUUAGGAAACACGACUGAAAUAAUAAAACCAGAAAUGACAGACAUGCCUGAUAUUGAAAAAGUCACUGAAAGUGAUAUUCCUGAAGAUAAGGUUACUGUCCCUGAAUUUGUUGAUAUUCAAGAAAAAAUACAAUCAUCUGAAACUACCCAAAACUUACACGAAUCAGAGAAUAAAAUAACAGAAGAACAGUCUCUUGAGAACAAAAUGGCUGAUUUACAAAGAGAAAUUGAGGAAAUGCUAUUACCUGAAAAUGACUCUUCGCAAAUUAGCGAUGGUACUCCAAAAGAAUUAACCGAUGUUCAAUGCUCGAUAGACUACCCACUUGAUGAAGUUUUAGACAGCAUAACACCUUCACUUGCAUCCCCAGAUCCAGAAGAUGAAUUAUCGUUUGAAACAAAAGAACCUGCUCAAGACAUUUCAUCUUAUGACCGAGUUAUAGAACACGAGCAAAUAUUACAAAUAGAAGAAGAUUUGGACACUAAACAUAUUAGUGUGAGCAUGAUUGAUUCGAUACUCAGUGAAGCUGAUCCUAUAAUAAAUAUACGACAAGUUUUAGGAAUUAAAGAAACAGGAAUAACAGAAAUCUCUGGCACAUUAAGUGAAGUGCAAAACGUAAAAGAUGAUACAGUACAAUCUCCUACACAUGUAUUAGAUAAUUUGGAUGUAACGGAAUCAUUUGACACUGCACCUACUAACAUUGAACCGAAUAAUACUAACGAAUCAUUUUUAAAAUCCGAAAACUUCUGGAUCAACAAACACGUAGUCGAUGACGCGGAAAAGUUAGGCGCCGAGCUUAAAUCUUCUGCAAUAACUGAUGACUCUGCGAAUAUAACACAAUCUAUUCCUAGCCCAGAACCCGAACCAGUAGUUGAUGAUUUACGUAGCUUUGAGGAAAAUGUUGUUUUGGAUAACUCAUUCUGGCCUGAAAAACACGUUUAUCACGACGCUGAAUGUCAAUAUUUCCUUAAAAUGGCUAAUAAACCUAAAGAAUCAUCUCCAGUUAGGACAGAAAUAGAAAACAAAGAUGAAAACGAUAAAGAUAAAGACCCAGGAGGCAGUUCCGGUCAUUCCUCUGAAACAGAAGAACCAAAAGACCCUUGUAGUUCUCCCUUCGAUUCCAACUACAUGUCCAUGGACUUGCCCGGUGGCAUAUGUAGUUGGAAAGACCAUAGUUCCUAUUUAAGCUUAGAAACGCCGACUGACUCGCUGACGGGUCUACCGAGCGAGGCCUCGCCGCGAGUAGGCCCUGACACCCGGGAGGAUAUACUAACCACCACACCUCUAGAACCAGUCACCCCACCCCCACCCCGACAGGAGCCAGCGGCAGAGGAAGCGCCUCCGAGGAGAGCCAAGGAUGACUUGUCUAACGAUAUUGAAAGUCUGCUAGAAGAAGUGAGAAAUGUUCAGACACGUCUCUCAGAUCUGCCCGAUGAAAGCCUACACGCCAUGGAGGAGGGUCUCAGGGAGGGUAUAACAGUUCUAGUCAAGUGUGAGGAAGCGGCCGAGCUCCUGGAGACGAAGAUCAUGGAGUACCGGCAAGAGCAGGAGGUGCAGGUCUUGCUGAAGGACCUCAUCGUGAUGAAGGCCAGAAUCUCCAAACUAUUGGUCCAAGCCCGUCAGGGACUUGACGUCAUCAAGGUAAGAAAGGACGCCAAAGAAGAAAUGGCGCGACAAGCGAUUGAGAUUGAAGCAAAUAAGGAGAAAAUUAUUAAGUUGGAUAAUUGGCUUGAAUCAAUUAAUAACGAGCUAAAAGAAUCUACUAAGCAAUCAGAUGUUUUGACUGAAGAGGAUAUAAUUAAGUAUAUUGAAGUUUAUGAGAAAUAUAUCAGAGAAUACGAAGAGUAUGAGAUUAUAUUGAAAUCUAUCACUGUGAUAAGUAACGAUGAAUCUAGUCAGUCUCUGAGAGAUAAGUUGAAUGCGAUGCAGAGAGCGUUAGAAGAAACAAAGAAUCUAGUCAUUGUAGAGAUAGAAAGGUUGAGGCAUGUACUGGUGCUGAUCAGAUCUGCACCAGAAAUUGCCGAAGAUGACAUUUCUCAAACGGAUAGAACAAUUGAUUCUACUUCUAUGCCCGAAGAAGUUGUUAGUCCAAGGGAAAGUGAACUAGUUAAAGAAAAAGUGAAAACGAUUGCUGAAAAAGUUCCAUCGGAAGAGAAGACAAAAGUUGAAUUAAUUGAAGAGAUACCUAAGAUGACAAUAGAAACACAAACAGGAAAAAGUCUUAUGUCAGACGCUCCAUCGGUGGCAGACAAGUCUAUCAUUUGCCAGCCCGAUCCUAUUACAACCCACGAUGUUUCAAUUACUUGCGAACCACCAAAGGAAAUUGAAGUUCAAACAAGUGAGCCCCAAUCUCUCGAAAAAGAAGUCCUUGAAAGUAUUCAAGUCAGACAAAUCAUUUCAGACGGUCAUGAAACUAUAGAAAUCGCCAGUAGGCCAGUUAUGAGAGAGCAAAAGAUGGACGAACAAUCCUUGUUUGUUGAUGCUAAUUACAAAGACAAUAACGAUCUCAAAGACUCUCAACUUAACAUCAUCCAUAGUCUACCUCAAUCAUUCGAAACUGUCAUGGUAGAACCAGAUGAAACAACAACAGAAGUUGUUGUUGACGCUGAUGGCACCAAGAGAAUUAUUGUAAAGAAAAUACGAAAAACAUUGGUAACAAGACAGCAAACCAUUCAAACACGACAACAACAAUCCCAAAUACUCUCUGGCGAAGGUACUCAGGAUAUGUUAUCGCAAGUGAUUUUAACGCAAGACACUGGAUCGACAUCUAGACAAGACGAUGAUGGUGUUCAACACAUCCAAUAUCAAACUCACGAAGGUAAGAUUAUUUCUACUUUACCGGGCGGAGAGGUUACAAUCCAAGAGUACACAUCGAAACCAGAUAUCGUAAUAAAAAUGCAAAAAGACAUGAAACCAGAAGAGAUUCUUCAGCUUGCUGAAGGUGAAAUUCGACCUGACAUACAGACAUCAUCCUCAAGCGUGACUGCUGUUGUGCAGCAGGUUACCAAACGAAUUGUGAAAACCCGCCGCCGUAUUAUACGACGUGUGGUCAUAAUUGAUGGUAAAGAACACGUCACUGAAGAGGUGAUAGAAGAACCUGACAAUGUUGAGAUAUUUGAAGAACAAAUCCCAAGAGUUUCUAUCAAUGUAAGAGAUAUUGGUGGUGUGCAAUUUGAAGAAAUUGACGACUCGCAGGGCAAGGACGAUAAACCGCCUCUAAUGCCACCUGAUUCAAGAACUGACAGAAAAUCGCCAAAAGACGACAAAUCAGAUGAUUCUAAACCAGACGAUGACGAUCAAAAGGAUAUUGGUAAACCCGUCGUAACCCAGUAUGAUGAUGCUCCGUCAGAUGUACAAAACUUGAAGGAUUUUAUGGCAGAAUUCAUCCAGAAAGAAACUGAUCAUUUGAUGGGAACUCAUUUGGCGGAGUCAGAAACUAGUGUCCGCAAAUCUGUAAGUAGAGAAAGCACACCAGUCAUUGUAUCAAUGUCAGAAAGUCAUGAGGGACCCAUAAUUACGUCCCAGACAUUUACAUCAGUUUCUCAAACACCACAAGAAACACAAACAAUGUACAGUGGAAUACACACAGGGCAAUAUAGUACCACAGAAGUAACAUCAAACACUGCCACUGUGGUACAGAAGAUCACGAGAAAAAUUACCAGAAUUAAGAAACGAAUAAUCAAACAUAUUCAGAUAAUUGACGGCAAAGAACAUGUCACAGAAGAAGUGAUUGAAGAACCUGAAGAUGUUGAAAUAAUUGAAGAAGAACCCAAUGUCAUUCAUAACGUGCAAUCUCAAGGUGUCCGGACUAAACGGAUUAAGAUCAUUCGACAAGUUCAGAUCAUUGAUGGCAAGGAACACGUCACAGAGCAAGUAGUAGAAGAGCCUGAUGACGAAUAUAUUCCGGAAUCAACUAUGACAGCUGAAAUCGAUGUUAAUAUAAGCAAACAGCCUAUUACUACUGAAAAGGUAGAAAUAAAAGAAAUAUCUCCUGCAAUUGUAAGGCCAGAUGACAUCUACAAAUCAGAAACAAGUUUGAAAGAAGGAAUUGUCGAAAUUCCGGAUGAUAUCCAACAGGAGCAUAACAUCGUUUCUGAUACAUCUGGUUUAACGAUUCCAGAAGAAUCUCAUCCAAGCGGAGAAGUUAUCACAACACUGGAGACAUCAACCACUCCACAGGUCUCAUCUUCUAAGGAUAAAGUUUCGGAGUCUAUGUUGGGUGCAGAAUUCGAUAUUAAACCUACAUCUCCCAAAGAUAGUUCACUUAUUGACGCUACCAAAAAUUUGCUUGGAAGUGAAAUUGAUCAUCAUUCUUUAGUGGUAACCCAACAUGAAAAAGUAACAAAACCGCAAGAUGGAUUAACAGCAGAAAUAUCUAAAUUUGAACAACCUGAUCAUCAUUCUUUAGUAGUGACCCAACAUGAAAAAGUAACAAAACCGCAAGAUGGAUUAACAACAGAAAUAUCUGAACUUGAACAACCUAGUUUCGUUGCAAUGUCAGAAUUACCAACAGUUGAAACAUCAGAAAGCAAAGAUUUACAAUCAGCACAUGAUAUUAAAUCAGUUGAAACUCGAGAGCCACCUGAUGAUACAAAAUCUAAAAUUGAAAUACUUGAUUUAACAGAAAAAACUGACAAACUUAUAACAAAAUCACUACCUGAUGUUAAAAAGCCUGCAAAAAUAUCAGCAAAACAAGAAGUAAAGGAGCAAGACAAACCUGCAGAAAACGUUGAAACCACAACAGAAAUAUCGGUUGCUAAGGAAUUCACUUUGGAACCACAUUCGAGAAAAUCUUCUGACGUGCAAGAUUUUACAAAAGAAUUUUUAGAAAGAGAAAGUCUGCACAGUACUGGUCUUAGAGUUAGUGAACCAACCCAGAUACCGACAAAGUCGGACAUUGCUUUAUCUCCACGAGAACAAAGUCCAAGUGCACCAGAAAUCGAGAAAAUGACAAAACCUCAAGAGACAGAAUCUGUAGAUACAUUUAUCUCUGAAACAACACAGGUUCAGGAGGCACUCGAUAAACAUCCUAGCGAUGUCGCAGAACAUGGAGUGGUUUCAUUAGUUAAAGAACCUGAAGAUGUUAAAAAAGAUGCAGUAAUCUCACCUACGGAAGACAUUCCCACAUCAACCACUUUUGUCCUCACUGAAGAGCAUGCACUGCUGCAAUCGGAUUUAACAUUGCCACAACAGGCUGAAAUAGCUGAUACUACACAAAAAUUGCUUCUGGAAGAAAGUGUAAAGAAAGAACAAUUUGAUGAACCAAAAGAAACAGCGACUAAGGAAGUGACUGUGAUAUCGGAACCACAAAAACCAGAUAAUGAAGAUACAAUUAAAAUACAAGAAGCAGAAAAGCCAAAAAAUAUUGAGGGUUCUUCAACUAAAAUAGAAAUCAAAGAAACCCCAGAAAUCACUACACGAGUAUCGGCCAAAGAACCUGUAACUCAAUUGGGAGUAGAAGUGCAACCGCUUAAAGUUGGCAGUAUUGUCACCGAGACGGACGUCUCGUCCGUUCCAGCUAUAACAGAAAUUUCUUACAUACAACAAUAUGAGCCACAAAUUCAAAGCUCUUCAGAUAGUGUAGAUAAGCUGUUGGCUUCCACACUGCCUCAAUCUCAACCAAACGUCAAUAUAAUGCCAUCAGAUGUAUUAGAAAAAGGUCAACCUGAGCAGCAACCUGAUCGAAAAUAUGACAUCAAUUUGUUACUUGAGUCAGAACGCCAUGACACACACUUGCGUGGCCACGACUAUAAAUCCUCGCGACCAAUUGAUAUUAAAGAAAAUGGCAGUGAGCCAGAAUUGAAGAAAAUUGACCCACAAGAAUCUCAAAAAACCGUUGACAUAUCAACAUCCAUUAUAAAAUCAGACUUUUCGACAACGUUAGAGCCCAAAGUUCAAGUAGACGUAACAUACGAAGGUUUUGAGCUUCAAGAACCAGUUUUAGUGAAAAAAGACAUUGAAGUUAUUCUACCAAGCGAGGUUCAAAUCACCAAAGAAUUUACAGAACCAAAAGUAACAGAUAUACUAGAAAAAGACCAACCUAUAAGUGAAGUUCCUGUUCAAGAACCCUGUAUAUUACCAAGCGAUAUUAGCAUUCCAAAAGACGAUGAGGAUUCCAGUGCAAAACAAAAAGUUGAAGAUGCAAAACCUGUUUUUAAAGCUACGCCUGAAAUAACAACUGUAACUGAAAGAGACAUUGAGACAGGUACUGAAACCGAAAUCAUUGCAGUAGAACCACAGGAGUCUCAACAAACUGUUGAUAUCAGCACAACUAUCACUAAAACCGACUUUACAAAAGCAGUACAACCCAAGGUAAAAGUUGAUGUUACGUAUGAAAGUCUUGAAACCACUGAGCCUGUUUUGGUUAAAAAGGAUAUUGAAGUUAUACUACCAAGUGAGGUUAAAAUAAGAAAGGAGAUCAAGGCACCAAGUGUGGUAGAAGUUAUUGAAAAAGAACAACCCGUUGUUGAACCUACUCCUGAAGCACCCGUUGCAGUUGAAGCUAUAGAGCAAGCUCCAUCAACUGCAGAAUCUCCCCAGGAAUCAAUCAAGGAAUCCAAGAAAAGUAAAAAGAAAAAGAAACACAAGCGUGGCUCAGGCAGUGACUCAACUGAAACUGAAUUACCAACAGAAGCCGAUAAGAGCUUAACAGAAACUGAAAGUUCUUCACUAAGCCAUUACGUGCAAUUACCUUCCUCGCCUAAAGUUGAAUCACCAAAACCUACAAAAGACAUUUUGGAGCCGUCAGUAGAAGAAAUUGUAACAGAAAUCGAUUCACCAUUAGCUGAAUCUGAAACUAUUGUUGAAGAACAAGGAUAUGAAGCAGAAGAUAUGUCUUUAGAACCAGCACCUGUCACCGAUAAGAAGAAAAAACAUAAAAAACGUAAGCAACAACCGAGUGAAGUCACGACGUAUCCAAAACAAAGCACGGCUGAAUCAGAUCAAACAACUAUAACUACACCAAUAGAGCUUGGUGAACCGACUGUUGGGAAAAAGAAGGAUAAAAAACGUAAGAAAAAGCAUUUAUCUGGAUCAGAUUCUGUACCAGAACCUGAAGAGCCCGAAGUUGAACAAAAGCCUGAAACACCAAAGCUCGGCAGUGAGAUAGUAGAAUCUUCUCCACGAGAAGAAUCUUAUCAUACAAUGAGCGAGACAUCUGAUAUCAGUACAGUUAAAAUAGUGGAAGAAUGUAUUCAGAGCAGUCCAGAAACCCUACAAAAAGAAGUGACCACCACUGUUACAUACCCCGUACCUGUAGUAGAAGAAGUACUUACUCAAGAAUACUCAGUUCAAACAUCGCCGGAACUUUCUGUAGACACAACAGUAGAAGAACCGGUUGAAAUUGCAAAACCUGAAACCACUGACACUGUGUUGCAGACUUCUCCAACGCCAGUGAGUGAAUCUUUGGUACAAACAACACCUAUAGAAGACAAAGAUGUCCAUACACAGACUAUUGAAGAAGUUACAGUGGUUGAAAAGGUGCAAAUGUCCGAUUCAGAAAUGCAAACGAGUCGUGUCGAGAGCCCAGAACCUGUCAUACAAUCUGAAGCUACAACACAAGUUCUCCCUCAUGAUAUCUUUACCCCCGAAGAAAAAUUCUCUCAAACUUCAUCCCCUCUUGAGGAACGUAAAGAAGAAAGCCCUGAAAAGAUUUCAAUUGAAACGGAAUCUAGGGAAAUGCAAACAUCACCAUUACCUCAAAUAGAAAAGGAUGAAAAGAGUACGGAAAUAACUAUUGAAACUACUGAAAUGGAUAUUCAAACAGUGAAACAAGAUAUCGCUGAUCAAGAAACAUCUACUACGCCUGUUAAAGAGAAAGAAAUGGCAGAAAUGAGUAUUCAAACUCCAGAAGUUCCUUUAGUCAGUACUUUCACCCAAUCUGAAGAAUUUGAAACCAAAGUAGAACAAACAGUUGAUGAACAAGAACCUAAAGAAGAGAUUAUUACAAUAGACACAAGUCAGCAGACAUCUCCUAGAGUUGAGACAGUUGAAGUACCUUCGACUAUUGAGCGAGAUAUGGAAAAACCUGAAAUAAUAACUACAGAAAUUUCACAGCAAACAUCCCCGAGGGUCACUGAAGAUGUCAGUGCACAGCCAUCAUUAGAAAUGGAAGCACCAGAAGUAAUCACUGUAGACAGCACUCAACAAACAUCACCGCGCGAACCGUCUGAAGACUCAGCUCCAAUAGUGACUUUGGAAGAAAAGAAACCCGACAUCGAGACUGUUGACUACGCCCAACAAACUUCACCUAGGAUUAUUCCCGAUGAAUCACCUGAACCAAAGACAAUAGAAGUGACUGAAAUUAAGACCGUUACAAUUGACAGCACACAGCAGACUUCUCCGAGGAUUGUUGAAGAAGAUUCAACAUUAGUGCCACCAUUAGAUCUGACUAAACUAACUAUUUCAAGUGUUGACAGCACACAGCAAACGUCACCUAGAGCUGUUCAAGAAGAGUCUAUUUUAGUGCCUACAUUAGAACAUACGAAACUGGACAUUGAAACCGUAGACAACACGCAGCAAACUACACCGAGGGUAGAAGAGGAAGCUGUUAAACCGGCUGAAACAAGAAAAUCUGAGCUACAGCUUGAUCUACAGAGAAGAGAAAUCACUACUGUAGAUACAAUUCAACAAACAUCACCGAGAACAUUCUCUGAAGAUUCCAUCUCUACUUCGACAGAUGAACCGUAUGAAGUUCAUUUACGAGCACAGAUCUCAAUACCACAAGCGACAACUGAUUUAAUUGAAAGUGAGAGGCAGUUCGAUGAAACGCCAAGUCUAAGUGAGAAGCAUAAACAAAAGAAACGAAAACAUAAGAGAAAGGCGGAUUCGACUUAUGUCCACUCUCCUGAAAGUCUAUCGGAUCCUAUUAACAGUGAAAUGUCGGUGUCUAUUACACCCACAAGUGAGGACAUAUCCAGCAAAGACACUUCAUCUAUAGAUGAAGGCAUAUCACAUUUGAGCAGCCCUAUACAAACUAUGCCUCAAGACUUUGGCGUUUCUCAACAAAGGCCAACUUACUCUGACGUUGUUCAAAGAUCAAAAUCUAAAUCGCCAUCUCCAAGUAAAACUAUUGUGUCGCAGAAAUCCGAAAAGGCUAGAUUACUGGACGCCCUUGAAAAACGCACACACUCAGUUACUGAACCACAAAAGACCACCGCCGAUGAAUCAAUGGUGGUGGCAUUGUAUGAACCGUCAGUAGAGAAAUCGUACGAUCUCAUUGUUAACAAGGAAUUGGACGAGGUCAAGAAUGCAGUUAAUAGCAAUGAUCCACGACGAACUGAAAGGAGUAUUAUUAUAGUGAUUGAAACUAUAUCUAUCUGGUUGGAAGAAAUUCAACUUAAGAUCCAGAAAGAAACGAAUAUCGAAAAUAGGCAAUCUGAAGAAAGUGAGAGACUUCAAGCAUUGAAAAAAUAUGUUCAGAGCUUAAAAGAAAUUAUAGAAGUAACAGAAAUUAAUGAAGAAAUCAUCACUUUAAUUGAAACUUUGACCCUUCAAGUAGACGCUGUUAAUAAACUUAACAGCGAAAGUUCUGUGAAAGUAAAGGAAGUUGAGAAGGACUGGCAAAAGUUUUUGGAUGAAACUGAAAAAUUGAGCCAAUCUGUAGAACGCGUGAAAACCAGUCUUGAUAAGGUUAUCGUAUCAGACGCACCAACACAACAUAAACUUGACUCAUUAGACCAGAUUGAGCUAGAAAAUAUUGAUAAUUCUGACAGGGUUCAAAAGUUAUUCAGAAGAUACCGCUCAUUUGUAGACGUGAAUCCAAAACGAGAAUGUCCACCAAAAUUAUAUGCCUGUGAUGAUGAUACUAAACAAAUUGACAAUGCUCUUAAUACUGAAAGAGAUAGGUUAUUGCAGCUAACAUCUUUGGCAGAAGAAUACGAACAAACACUACAAGAUUUUGGCCAAAUUACUGAUGUAGCUGAAGCUUUGUUAGAUGGUAAAAUCAUUGUUUCCAACUUAGAUCAUUUGCAUGAAGAAAUACAAAAGCAUAGAAAGUUCUUCGUCAAUCUCAGCCAUUGCAGGGCUAUUCUUGAAUCCUUAGAAGAUAACUUAGACAGCGAAACAAGAGCAAAGUAUGCGUCGCUCCAUAAUUCACUACAUGAUAGAGCAACUGUUAUCAUCGAUAGAGCGGCAAGCAGAGCACAACAAAUGACACUAGCUGCUUCUAGAUGGACAUUACUAGAGCAAGGAAUGAAAGAAGAAAAGCAGUGGCUCGUUGUUGCUCAACAAAGAGUACCUGACCUCACUAAUGUAACAUCCAUGGACCAUGAACAGUAUAUCAACUUAUAUCAGUCAAUUAGUUUGGACGUAUCUCAUCACUAUGCAAAGAUGUUACGUUUGUUGUCCAUAACAGAAGGACUCCAAAAUCUGAUUGUAUGCUCAGGCUUAGAAACCGAAUGUUCGGGAGCAUUAGAUACGUUACUCACACUUCAAGAUGACGUCGAUUCUAGGCUUACUCGACUAACAGCAUUUAAAGAAAAUUGGUUAACGUAUGACCACCUCAUAGACAGAAUCGAAAGUUGGAUGAAAAUAGCAAACAGAGAAUUAGAAUUUAUUUCUCCGGAAAAUAUUAAUACAACAGGCAAUUUACGUCGUUUCUGGGAGUUGAAAGCUCAACAUGAAGUUCAUAAUAAUUUGAAGAAUGAAUCUGGCACACAAUUUGAAAGAGCAUUAGAAAUCCUUCCAAUUUCUGAUGAAAUGAGCCAGCGACAAUUCUAUUCCAAAAUCGAAGACAGAUGGCGUGACUUAGCAACCAGAAUCGGUGAUCUACACAAUACAGCCAUCCAGAAUAUUUCCGAUCGCGACUUAUCAUCUGGUGAGAAGCUUAACAUUCUCGAGGAUGAACUGAGAGAGUUGCGAUCAUCAUUGGACAGUCUGAAAGGAGUAAUCAAGAGCGAAGACGAAUUGAAUUUGUACAUCGAAAGACUGCAGGUAAUGAACGGACGUGUGGACAGGAUUUUGGAUGAGCUUGGAAGACUGAGUUUGCUGCCGACAGCAGAAUCCGAUCGCGUGGGUGCUCUAAUAACGCAAUCAGGAAUACUGGCGGAUCAGAUAUCUGAAGAGCUUGAGCGCAGCUUGUUGCUGAAGGAGAAGAUUGUGCAAGUGCAGACUGGCAUUAUGCGAUCUCAGAAGAGCCAGCGCCGCGCUCGCCAAACCCUGGAAGAGUGUGAAGCGGCUGAACGACUGGGCAGCGAUGUCGUCGAGCGCGCCGCUGAAAACUGCGAAAGGCUUCUGGACGAGCUGUCAUCACAGUGGCGCGAUAUUUUGGCGCUGAGGCAAGCUCUGCACACACUACCAACCAGUCUGAGGGUCUGCGUUUCGCCUACGGGCGUGGAGAGAGACAUAUCAGCGUUACAGGAAACCCACGCGGAGCUAGAAGUGGCGGUGAACGAUCUGAACCGCCGUCUGCGGGCCAAGGUGCAGCUGUGGCGGCGCUUCGAGCGGCAGCUGGAGCUGGUGCAAGGCGCCGUACGCGAGGCUGACUACAUGGUGGAGCUGCUAACUGUACAGGGGCAGGUGGACUACGACCGCCUGCUCAAGGCUACCGAGAAACUCGAGACGCUGAGCGAGUCGCUCACACGGCGCAGCGGCGAGCUGGUGGGCGAGCUGCGUGAUGCGGCGGCUCCUCUCGAGGCAUCAACGGAGCCGAGCGUGGCCGCCGCGCUGCGCCGCGAGCUCGACGACGCCGCUGCUGCCUACCACCACACCUGCGCCAACCUCACGCAGCUGUGCGACAAGUACCACAAAGCCGUAGACCUGUGGAAGCGGUACCGUGACGCGGCGGCGGCAGUCAGGGCCUUCGCUGAGUUCCAGGAAGGCCGCCUUCAUGCCCUGCGGCCCGACGACGCUCCCGCUACUGCUGAGGCAUGCAUGGAACAAGAGUCCCGAGUGGCGGAGCUUCGGUCCCUAGCGGCAAGAGUGGCGGCGGAGACAGGCUCCCGCGCCCUGCAGGCCGACGCAGACGCCCUAGCGCGCCGGCUGCAGCUCGUGGCUGGCGCUGUGCAAGCCCUGGCCGACCUGGGCGAAGCCCGACAGCUGGCCAGGGCCAAGGCGCAACAUGCCAAGGACAAGUUCUGCGAUAUGAGACAGGAUCUGGCCCCGCUACACGAAGACGGCGAAAUUGUUGAAGACAAACUUAUCGCUCUGCGAGAAAACCUGAUAGCGCUCGGCAAAAGCGAAGCGGAUAUAGCUCCAGCCAAAGCGGAACUACCCGACAUUGAUCGCGAUGUAUCUGACGAGCACUCUAUAGUUAGAAUACUAGAGUUAUGGCAGGCGAUGUUCAGAGACACGUUCCUGCAUUACCACAGACUAUCCACUGCCCUCGUCAGAUCUGGAGAUGCUGCGACUGCUUUGCGGUUAUGGCACGAAUACCUUCUGGAUCUCCAAUCGUUCCUCUCUGGAUCAGUACCAGCCGACUACGAAAACUUAACGGAACACAGACGUUUAUGUAGGGUUCAUCGAAACCUGCUGACGUCACAACGGUCGGUGCUUAUGAACGAGAACAAAGAAAUGAAAAACAGAGACUUGGCUGAUAAAUUCGAUACAUUAACGAAUCUACAUAACGAGACUUUAGCGAGAAUCGUUGAAAGACACGAUGAGGUUUGCACUCGAAUCGCCGCCUGGGAUGAUUAUCGAGAUAUCAACACCGAACUUCUUCGAUGGCUCAAAGAAAUGGAGAGGGAGAAAGAGAAAUUACAACUUAGAUAUGUACACAUUAAGAGGAUAAAUAAGAUAUUAACCAAAAUACAGAAUCUCUCUGAUAAAGUACCUGAAGGAAGAAAGCAGGCGGAAAAACUGUUAUCAAAUCUCAAAAAAGUGCUCGAAUUUACAGAGGAAGCAUACGGAGCGUCGGUUAGGAUUGAGUAUGCGGGCGCUGUAAAGAGAGUUGAUAACUUACAAGCUAGUCUUGACACAUGGAGAGAUUUCUUGUCCCGAAUACUCGCCCUCGUGGGAGAGUACGAAUCUUUGACCAACGAGCUACACAAAACUUACUCAAGGACUCAGGAUGAAGUAAACACUUAUUCUGAUGAAGAACGGCUUUCAAGGCCUCAACUCAAAAAAGCCAUCGAGAAGUACUCGGAUUUGAGGACAAAGAUCGAGAAAACUGAAAGCCAAAUUGAAGCUCUGAGCGUCGUACAAGAGCAACUUAAAGAAUGCCUCAGUCCUCAAGACAUCAGAGUAGUGAACCAGAAAUUAUGGCAACUAAGGCAGCAACGAGCAGAUUUAGAACAUCAGCUAUCAAUUAUAAUCCACCGACUACAAGAGCGAUUAGAAAUCUACACAAUUUACGAAUCAAGACUAACUCGGUUCAGUGAAUGGCUGACAACCCUGGAAUCUCGUCUUGAAACGACUAGUCAAAGCAGUGAAAUCAGCGCACUUGAUCCACAUGACCUUAUAAGAAGAAUAAAUUCGGAUAUUCAGGCUGAAACUGCAAUGAAAGAACGUGAAUUCGAAUGGCUCUCUGAAACUGGCAAUACACUUACAGAACUAUCUAAAAAGGAUGAAAAGUCCUACAGCAAGAAUACCGCCAAACAUCUGAAAGAUGUACAGGAACGAUGGCAUAGAGUACAAGAAACGGGCAGAAGUAGAAUAGCUAAGAUCACGGAAUUGCUCGAAACAAUAUUGCAAUUGGAGGAACGACUAACUGAAAUAAGAACAAAACUUCACAUCGUUGAGUCUAGAUUGACUGCUACUAUCAUCUUAGAACAUUUGACUACUAAAGCAGUUGAUGAGAAAUUCAAAGACCGUGAUGAUAUUCACAAGAGCAUAGAAAAUGAGAGCGGAGAAGUAGGAGAAACUCUGAACCUCUGCCAACUGGUGUUCAACGACCCGGACGUACUCAAAGGCAAUUUCGAUCUCCGCAACCUGCAUACCGGAUUCGAUAUAGUCGAAAAGAAAUGGAAGAACAUCUGCGACAUGUCUGAACAGCGCAAAGGCACUCUCAAGGAGAUUCGCAAAUCGGCUGAACUGGCCCACUCCCUACUGCCUAAAGUGGAGAAGAAGCUGGAUUCAAUCGAAAGGCGAGUCGAGAAGAUUGAGACCCGCAAACAACGCGGCGAGCCUGAGGACGAGAGUGUGUCUAAAGCGGUUGUUAAAGAUUUGGAAGCGCUGGAGAGUGACGUCAAGCGGCUGGAAGAUUCUUACAGCCGAGUGGCGUCUGCUAGAGGCGUGGAGCUUCGUGGCGAGGGUGCUGACGAUGCAGCGCGAUUGCGUGCUGCAGUGCGGCGCUGGCAGCAGCUACGUGGCCGCGUGGAUGCUGCUGGUGCUGACGUGCAUCGGCAGUUCGUAGCCGCACAUGGCAAGGCGGUCGUGGCGUUAGCUGAAGCUGACGUGCGACUGACUCGCGCUCUGCACCUCUCACCAAUGCCACUGGACAAAGUCGCUACACUCAAGGAGUUAGAAGGCGUGGAAGAGGAAGUCCGCGAGUGCGAAGACCUAGUAUCAGCGGCCGACCGGCUCUCGCUGGGGCUGUCGGCGGCCGGCGUGGCCGACAUGGCGGCGGAGUACCGCGCGCUGCUGGCCGACGUUCGUACGCGCCUUGAUGUCGCCCGAGCCGACGUCGUUGGAGACGUGGACACUGCUGUACAGGUUGACACCCUGAAAUGGGAGACAGAUGCAGCCCUCCAAGUAGACACCCUAACGUCAAAGGAGACCUACAGAGCUGAACUCAUAGUCGCAGUGAGAGAGACUUCGGAAUCUCUCGAAGCGCUCCGAACGGCUCUCAUCCAGCAGCCAAACGAAAACGCCAGCAGUGAGGACUUGGCAACGGCCGCCAAGGACAUCGCCAAGGCUGGCGCCAAGCCGAGCCAAACGUUGGAGCUGGCCAAGCAUCUGUCGGAACUACUCCUAACAGAGUGCGACGCGACCGAAGACGAAGCUAUGCUGAAAGAAGUCGAGUCGCUCUCUUUGAGAUACGAGGACCUCUUGGCCCAGGCCAAGAAACGGGAACUACAGAUCAACAACUUGAGGUUGCCGCACUCGGCAUCGUACGCGCUCACGUGCGAACACGAGUCUGGGCGACUGACGUGCCCGCUGUGCUCCGAACGCAACUGGAAGCAACUAGACAACGACUUGUGGCGGCUGGAGCAGUGGCUGCAGUUCGCUGAGGCCACUGAAGCCGCCAGGACUGAUCCGCCCGAGCAGUACGAUUCUUUGGAAGACGCUAUACAGGACCACCGCGAGUUCCUGCUGGACCUCGACUCGCACAAGUCCAUCGUGGUGUCCCUCAACGUGGUGGGUUCCCACGUGGCCGCGCACGCGAGCGACGCGGGCGACGCCGAACGCGUGCGCGCGCGCCUUGCAGCCGCCAACCGCCGUUGGGACGCUGCGUGCACCCGCGCCGGGCUAUGGCAGCGAAGACUACAACGCGCGUUGGUGCAUAACCAGCAGUUCCACGAUAUCGUGGUGGAGCUAGUGGCGCGCCUAUCAGCAGCGGAGCGCGGCGUGCGCGCACGCGAACCACUGCGCCUAUCGCGACCGGUGGACGCGCUGCAGCGCGAUUUCCGACGCUUCAGCGAGCUGCGCGACGAGCUGGCAGCCGCUGAACCGCGUGUGCUCGCGUUACAUGAGGCCGCGCAGCUUCUGAAGGCUGGCGACGCCCCGCCGCAUUCUGAAGACAUUUGCCGAAGCGAACUGCGCGACGAGCUGGCAGCCGCUGCACCACGCGUGCUCGCGCUGCAUGAGGCCGCCCAGCUGCUGAAGGCUGGCGACGCUCCACCGCACUCUGAAGACAUUUGCCGAAGGACGCUCCGCGACGAGCUGGCUGCCGCUGAACCACGAGUGCUCGCGCUACACGAGGCGGCCCAGCUGCUAAAGGCUGGCGACGCUCCACCGCACUCUGAAGACAUUUGCCGAAGCCGGAGGAGGACGCUCCGCGACGAGCUGGCAGCCGCUGAACCACGAGUGCUAGCGUUACAUGAAGCCGCGCAGCUUCUGAAGGCUGGCGACGCUCCACCGCACUCUGAAGACAUUUGCGGAAGCUGCGCGACGAGCUGGCUGCCGCUGAACCACGAGUGCUGGUUACACGAGGCGGCGCAGCUGCUGAAGGCUGGCGACGCCCCGCCGCACUCUGAAGACAUUUGCCGAAGCGAGCUGAGCGACGAGCUGGCGGCCGCUGAACCACGAGUGCUGGCGCUGCAUGAAGCCGCGCAGCUACUGAAGGCUGGCGACGCUCCACCGCACUCUGAAGACAUUUGCCGAAGGCACUUUCGACUGCCUCUCUCCCGGCCGGUGGAUGCGCUGCAGCGCGACUUCCGGCGCUUCAGCGAGCUGCGCGACGAGCUGGCAGCCGCUGAACCACGAGUGCUGGCGUUACAUGAAGCCGCGCAGCUGCUGAAGGCUGGCGACGCUCCACCGCACUCUGAAGACAUUUGCCGAAGACUGGCAGAACUCCGUCUCCGUCUGCAAUCCCUCCGCAAACUCUCAGGCGUGUACGCCCUGAAGCUGGGCGCGGCCCUCGCGCGCCACCCCGCGCGUCCCGCCUCGGCGCUCGCCGCCGCCGCCGCCGCCGCCGCGCCGCAGCUCAUGGAGGAGGAGCAGGACCAGAUGUCUGCCAUGCACCUCCCGCCCCUGGACGAGUCCGACGUGGUCGUAAGUGAAGAAACCGAAGACCAAGAGCUGGGCCGGCUGCAGCGCGGGCUGCGUUUCGUGUGUCGCGUGGCUCGCGCUUCGUUACCCUUCCAGGCGCUCCUACUGUUGCUCCUCGGGGCCGCGGCCCUGGCGCCCCACGCGCAUUCAGACUGCCGCGCGCCCGGGCUUGCCCUCGAGCCGGUCCUGCGCUACCCCGAAGGCCCCCCGCCGCUAUGAUCCCGAAACCGAAAUCGAAGUUUUUUAGAAAAAAUCAACCAGCACUGCAACUUGGGUUAGGUUUUAGUUACGAUGCAACCGUUUUAACUUUGAUGAUGACGUGUCAAUUUUAAAACUGAUAAUAUAGUUCCAAAAUACUGAACUGUCCUAUCCAUGACAUUGACAGUGGGGCGCCACCGUCAAUACCGGAUAGCUGGUUCCGAUUUUUGUCAUGUUGGAAACCAUAUAGUUGAACGAUGGUAGCGCCCCCCUGUCAUUGAGUUUGGUGGCACAGUUCAGCGUGGGUCAUCUAUACUAUUAAUGUUUCUAAAAGCUUAUCUGAAACAGUGUGAAAUCGUGACCACUCAAUGACAGUAACUAUCGCUACCCCUCUAAGAUGUAGAUAUUGCCAUUGAUGGUAACGAUUUCGAAAUCAAAAAUGCAAAAAAAGACGGGAUUGGCAUUUUCAAUCAAACUCCCAUGUGCCAGUUCUGUAUAAUAUUUUAAUCAGCUGCAAGCUGAUAUUGAAUUUUAGUGCCACAAACACAAGUUAAUUAACAAAACCGUCAUUUUGUAUGAGCUCGUGGCCAGUGACUUGAUAAUCGCAUCGAGCAUGCAAAGGCCCUAAGAUUCUUGUCACAUUUGACAGCGAGUUUCACGCCACUGGUCGCGACUUAGUUUGUGGCUAUCUAGAGUCGGUUGUAUGGAAUAAAUGUAUGAAGUAGGCCGAUGUAUGGUCGGCGAGGCGCGUUCGCCGCCGCCUUUCGCGCAAACGCGGCGGCCGAGCGCGCGGUACAUUCCAGUUGGUGUUGCGAAAGUUUCGAUAUACCCUAUCGAUUGUCGACUUCGAAUCUGCUAUGUCGAUGAGGAUAUCGAGUUAACCCGACGUGACAUCCGCAAUAUUAUCCCAAAAACCAGAUGAUUUUAAAAAUCCCAAGUAUGUAAUAGUAGUACAGUACCAGUAGGCGCGAAUCACGCCUGAAUAUUUCCAUACAAAUUCUACAGACACGAAGUUUUACACAUUAUAAACAGUAUUUCAGUGGACUAGUGAUGUCACGUUCCCUUUUGACGUUAUUCCAAUCGAUAUUUCGUGGCACGACAUCGAUGGUUUAUCGGUGGCAGGUCGCAACACCGAUUCCAGUUGGUGCUAACGUGGCGCCCGCCGCUUGUAUAUAACUUUUUGUAUAUUUGUUACGUCGGUUAGGGAAGUCGUGUAAAAGACAUGUGAAGCAGCGGCGGACGCGACGACGUCACCCGUGAAUAGAGCUACUCCGCAAAACUAUUUCUUAACCGACUCUACUCGUCUCUCUCUCCCAUACUUAUAUUCCAACUUGAGUGAGAGAGACGGGCAGAAUAUACCCGAAAUAGUUUUGCAGAGUAGGAAUCUCAGAUAUUUAUCGAUAUUUAUUAUUUAUACGGAUGUAUUUAACGCCGCACAAGCGUACCGACGGCUUUCGAUUCGCAUUCACGCAUUGUUACUUAACUAUUAGAUAGUAAGGAAUGUUUAUAAUAAAGUCAAAUAAAGCCUUUGCAUUGAUUGAAA